CCCCCCGGCGGCCACCCACGGUAACAGCGGUGCGCGGCGCUUCUCUCAACCGUCGAAGAUGGCGACCAGAGUCCUUCACAGGGUGAGCGGUGGCCUGGGACGGGCUGCGAGCAGCGGGGCCCGGCCGGCCGGACGCCUCGUCGUGUGGAGCAGAGGAUUCACCACCUCCGUCAGCAGAAGCGGGAAGGACAGCUGGUUUAAGUCACUGUUUGUGAGGAAAGUCGAUCCCAGGAAAGAUGCACACGCCACCCUACUAACCAAAAACGAGGAGAGUAAUCUGUACAAAAUUCAGUUCCAUAAUGUCAAGCCAGAGUGCCUGGAUGCCUACAACAAGCUCUGUGAGGAGGUUUUGCCCUCCAUCCACGCUGAUAAGUACUACCCCUGUGAGCUGGUGGGCACCUGGAACACCUGGUAUGGAGAACAAGACCAAGCUGUCCAUCUGUGGCGCUACAGGGGUGGGUACCCGGCUCUAACGGAGGUGAUGAACAAGCUCAAGCAGAACCAGGAGUUCACAGCCUACAGGAAGGAGCGUGGGAAGAUGCUGAUGUCUCGCAGAAACCAGCUCCUGCUGGAGUUCAGCUUCUGGAACGAGCCGGUUCCCCGAGAGGGGCCCAACAUCUACGAGCUCAGGUCCUACCAGCUCAGGCCAGGAACCAUGAUCGAGUGGGGUAAUUACUGGGCCAGAGCCAUCAGAUUCCGCCAGCACAACAGCGAAGCGGUGGGAGGCUUUUUCUCACAGAUCGGCAACCUCUACAUGGUCCAUCACCUCUGGGCUUACAAAGACCUCCAGUCCAGAGAAGACACCCGGAAUGGAGCCUGGCAGCAGGAGGGCUGGGACGAGGUGGUGUAUUACACGGUUCCUCUCAUUCAACAUAUGGAUUCCAGGAUCAUGAUCCCGACGAAGGCUUCCCCUCUGAAGUGAAAUGAGAGCGGCCAUCAAGUGGCUCCCUUUUUGAAUGUUACAUCCAUCCACCCAGAGCAUCGCUUUUAUUGUUUCUAACCUCCCGUCAGUGCUGCCCAACAACAUCCCUUCCCUCGCCCUUGUGUCAUCACUUCAAGAUGUCCCCGGGACAGAGGAGACAGCUGAGCCUAUCACGUAUCAGCAAACCCAAUAGUCAAAAAGACUUGAAAAAGCCAUGGCGAUGCAUCCUUUCUUCAUCCGUUAUUGAGUUCUGGAGCAGGGGGAGUAAAUCCAGCCGAUUAAAUCCUCCCGGUGGUUGUCACAUCCAACGUGUGGUGCCACAUUAGUUAAACCUGGUCGAUGACGAGAGCUCUGUCUCUAUGUUAAGUAAGAGACAACCAAAGUUACUUAAAGAUGAGCAGCUGUGUGAGGACUGAUAGGAGGAGUAGUGCUGCGUGAGCUCCCUGCGCGAUGCAGGAGCGGUUUAUUUAUUAGGCGUGCUGGCACUUUGACGCAAGCCAGUGCCGUUACUGAGGGGAGAGAAGGCCUCUGUAUAUUCAGAUUUCCGUUCCUAAUAAAGAUGAGGACGAUUCAAAGUAACAUAUUGUGUAAAAUGUGAACCUCAUAAUAUUGUAUCUGAGGACUAUUGUAAAUCACACGUUUUGGAAAAUGACUCCUUUCAAUUGCUUUUCCCCCGAGUUCCCCGUCAUAAUGUUGCAGUUUCCUGGUGCUUUGUUUGUAACAACGACUCCUACCCUGUUUUUUGUGUGAAGACAGCAUGCGUAGUUUUGGAGACGGAUCGAAUGGGGUCAUAACGAUCACGUAUGAUGAAAUUGUCCCUAAGGGGCUGAGUGAGUUUGGCACCGUGUGGGCAGCCAUGCUGCUGCACAUUGUAAUAUCAGAUUAUACUGUAAAAGGAAGCAUGUUUAUCGCGUCUGUUUGUUCAUUGGGUUAUAGGGAACAGUGCAGAGGGAAGAACAAGAACAACAAAGAUUAAAGCAGUUGAAACAACA